AUGACUUGUCCCACUGGAAGUGCUCCAUUACCAGAAGCACACAAGAUAGAAGCACACGGCCAGUUUGAAAUACAACAAAAUAAUCAUGGCCAUGAUAAUGUGUGUGGGCGUGGCAAAAGGAAAAGACGAUAUGAUAAUCGUCGAGGUGGUGGUCAUAACAAAAGGGAGAACAAUAUGGGUUCUCAAAAUAAUCCUUCAAAAGGCAAGGGAGAUCACUGUCAUCGUUGUGGCCUUAAAGGUCACUGGAAAAAUGAAAGUCGGGCACCUGAGUAUUUUGUCAGGCUGUAUCAAAAUUCAUUUAAAAGGAAAGGGAAUAAAGGUGGUGCCUCCUCUUCUAAUGCCCGAGUAGAGUCACAUUUGAUUCUCAAAGAUGAUGUUAAGGCAGGAUCUUCUCAAAAAUAUGAUGAGAAUGUUGAGGCAAAUUUAGCAUUGAAAGAUGAUGCUUUUGAUGGGCUCGAUGAUAUUACUCAUCUGGAAGCUGAGGGCUUCUUUGGGGAUCGCAACUGA